AUGUUGGAUAUUUAAGCAAAAACAAAUAAAGAAAUUUGGUAAGCCAAGAAAUUAUUGUACGAAAGUGAUGGAAAUACUAAAAAGAGUUUGAUCAUAAAUUUAAUUGCAUUAGUAAAAUAAAACACAAGAAUGUUAGGGAUUAUUAUUUAUUUUACUAUUUUACAGUAUUAUAGGAUCUGAUGAUAAAUGGACUUGUGAAAUUGAAUCAGCAAAUAACAGUAUGAAAUAAUCUUAUUAAUGAUAGAGGGUCAUUAUAUUUGUGUUGAAAUGAGAAGAACAAUGAAUUGUAAAACUAUUAGUGGUCCUAUAAGGUCAGAAAUAUUUUUGAAAGUUAAAUAAGAUCUUCAAGCUAGUGCUAUUGUAUGAGAUUUAAAAUUGAUUAAAGAUUGAAUGCCCAUGGGAAAUAGCUAUUUCAGAAAUAAGAUUAUGUUUUAUAUUACUUUCUAUAUCAAGUGUACUUAUUGGAAUUUAUGCAUUACGAAAAUCAAAUAAAAAAUAUGGAGAGCUUAGUUUUUAAAUAGGAAUAGCAUUUGCUGUUUUAUUAGUAUUAAUAUCAAUUAAUAUUUAAGCUGAUUUCUGCAUACUUUGAUUAUGUUUCAAUAAAAACUUCAUAAAUAAAUAAUUAUAAUUUAUGUAAUUUAUAAGAGGAAUUUCAAAUUGAAGAAAAAAUGAAAGUAAUCAAAUAUUAAAACAUUUAGGGAUAAAUGGAAUGUUAAUUCUCUUUUUAUAAUUUUACAGUUAUUCUAGAAAUUGCAUGUGCAAUUGUUUUAGUUGUGAAUUCUAUAUAUAUAAAUUAAUGGAGAUAUAAUUAAAUAACAGAAUUGAAUGAUUAAUUGUGA